AUGAAGCUUACUAUGUUGUUCUCUGUGGUUCUUUUCGUUUUGCUUCUCACACAUCAAGGACUCUGUAAAAGCAGGUAAGUUAAAUUUAUUUUAUCAACCUUAUGUUAGAAGCAAGUUACAAAAAAGGAUGCGCGUGGAAGGCGACAGCCUUGAUUUCCGCGCUACAAUCUGAGGCAAGCAAAUAAUAUUCCAAGCGUACUGGACUAAGUUGCGCACGACAGGAAAGUAAAAGUUUUAGGCAGAAAGACACAAAAGCAACACUUCGUAAGCCAAGCCAUGAUACGUAAUUAGUCAAUUUGGAGUUAUUAACUUUACGUUAAAAGCAAGUGAGACAAUUUACGGGCGUGGAAGGUGAGAGCCUCGCUUCCUGCCCUAAAUCUUACCCCAAGACACAGGUAAAUUACAGUUAUAAUUUCAUAAAAUUUUCAAACGUAACUAAGUUCCGAGGAACAACACAGUAAAAGUUGGAACAUAAAGUUUUCACAGAAAUAUUACCACGCUAGUUGAAAGUUAGUUCUAAUACUUGUUUGAUGAAAGAAUUGUGAUAACGUUGACAUACCGUAUUUGACAGUAUUCCCAAGCUUAUUAAACUAAAUUACGAAGAGUGGGAAAGUUAAAGUUGAAACAUAAAGAUGUAGAAAAAUAACGUUGUCGAGGAGUAUUUUAGGCUCAGAGCAAACUAGUUUUCACGGAAAUAUUACAACUAUAGUUGAUGGUCAGAUCCAACGCUCGACCAGCGAAAGAGUAGAGUAUUUGCCGCGAGUCUACGAUUAUUCUUGACAACUUAAAUUUUAUUUUGUGUUAUUGUUUCAGAUCCAGCGACUCUUCAAGUAACACCCUUCAAAACAAGGUAUGUUUCAAUACAAAGUCGGUUAACGAUGCAAGUCGAAAUGAAAUGAGAUAACAUACAGCACCUCCUUAAGAUUGCUGCAACUCUGCCGAACGGUUUGGUUAACCUUUGUAAUUUGGUUUUUCGGUUCCUGACAUAACAUUAGUGGCAUCAUAGUAUAUCAUUCGUACGGCUGACCUGUAACUUACAAAAGCUUUUCUAAUAGUUUUAUUCCUUCGCGAAUCAACUUUUAAUUGCUCCAAGAAUUUCAUUAUUCUGUAUACAUAUAGUUUAAAAAGUUUAGAUAAUUUCGUGUCGAUAUUUUUCUAACUCUUUAACUCUUCUUUUUAUUGCUAGAAUUAUCCUUUGUUACUGCGCAUUGUCAAAGAGGGAGGCCAUCGUGGAUUACAGGAAUGUCAGAGACAGUUUAAGAAAGAGAUAUGGAACUGUUCCCUGGUCAACAAGAAUGUGUUUCAGCAGUUGCCCAUCUUUGUUAAAACCACUUUGCCACAGGGUGAGUAUCAGACAUUUUGUUGUUUAAGAUAAGGACAACAGCCAGUGAAUAUGGUUCGAAAACUGACAACUUUUAGUAACAACUAAACAGAAAACUAAGAGGCUAACUUGGGAAUAUCAAGAUAUCUGACAUAUUUAUAAUGUAACAACCUUCAAAAUCAACCAGAGCUCGAACGGGCUCCUGAGACUUCCUGCUCAAGGUUUUUAAAGUACUAUCUGCAGAAACUAUAAACUCACGUGCGACGUUAAGUAUUCUAAAUUUCCGUUAAAUUUGUUCUCUCUCGAGGAAGUUUGAAUGGUAACUUUUAUGAAAGACAAAAACUUAGUCUGACUAAACAGUUUUACACAUAAUUCUGGUUUAGCGCGAAUGGCUCACAGGAUAAAAGCUGAUAUAAGCUUAUGCUUAAAGAGCAAUUCCUCCAAAAAAGGCGAAGGCGAAGUCUUAGCUGGUGUCAAGAAUACAACAGAGCCUUGCAUAACUGAUCAUCAUCAAGGACUGCCCGUUGCCAUAAAGAGACUCUCGGUGAAACUCUGAUAACAAUUGAUCUAUGUUGCUGGAUCAUUAAACGUUUUUGGGAAAAUGCCCACCUACCCCUCCCCAACAUUUUACCUUAAGUGAGAAGUAAGUGCAGGAGCCGGCUCCUGGUAAGUGUUAAUGUUGGCCUAGGAGGGGGGUAGGUGGGCAGUUUCCCAGAAACGUAUAAUGAUCCGCUGUCAUCCUUAAAUCUUUACAGCCACUCGGGAAACCGCUUUUCUUCACGCCAUCAGUAGCGCCGCCAUUACACACGAGAUCACUCUUCAAUGCGCGCGCAAUAGAAUUCCCGGAUGUAGAUGCGGGAAAACGAGAAAACAGUUGCAAGGAGACCGUGAGUGGGAAUGGGGCGGAUGCAGCGAUAACACCAAAUAUGGAGAAAAGGAGACGAGACGCUUCAUCGACAGACUAGAGAAAGGAAACGACGCUCGCACAGCAUUCAACCUGCAUAAUAAUCAAGUGGGAAGAAAGGUAAACUGACUCGACACUAUUUAUCCUUCCAAUAAAAUCGGCAAACGUGUGUCGUGACCAAUCAUAAGAGAUAGAAGAUUUAAAAAGUUAAAGGAGCUAUGUUACGAAUUAUGCCAAAAUUCUAACAGAAGGAACUGCCUAAAAAAGUAGGCCCGGAUGGACAAAGGUUUGAAGUUGUGGAUUUUUGAAAACUUGUUAGCCUAACAAUUUUUUUAAGUUCAUUUUCGUUGUUUAUAUUGUUUGGUAUAAUGCUUAGGAAAUUAAAUGUUUGUUGGGCAAGAAGCUGUGAUUUUGUCGUCCAUAGGGAAUUUCUCCGUCAGCGUUUUAAAAAGAAUCCAUCAAAUCUAGUGCGACAUACCAUAUUUUCUAAGACUUCCCUGGUACAACUACAGUUUGCGCUAUCUUACAAUUUCCAAGUCGUUUAAUUAACCAUGCACGACGACCUGUGCAUUGAUUGACUCGAGCGCAAACUUUACCCGGCAGUACUUUUGUCUUGCCAGUUUUAACUAUCAUGGUCUGACAAAGUGAUUGUUAUUUGUUUAAAACAGGUUGUUCGAGGAAGCCUUAAAAAAGAAUGCAAGUGUCAUGGCGUCACUGGCAGUUGUAACUUGAAAACCUGCUGGAAGCAGCUGGCUCCGUUUGCCGUUGUCGGAUCAGUGCUCAAGCAGAAAUACCUCACAGCUGUUCCAGUGUCACUCAAAAACAACAAACUUCACGAGAAAGAAGGCCGGGACAGACCGUUAUCAAGGAAAUCCACGAAGCUUGUUUACUUAGACUCGUCCCCAGACUACUGCGUACGAAACACUACUGCUGGCUCUCUUGGAAUGCUGGGAAGAACCUGUACAAGUGACGCUGGACACACCAAGGAAUGCAGAUCUCUUUGUCAAUCUUGUAACUUGCGGGCUCAAACCAAAGAACAUUACAAACAGGUCAAGUGCAGAUGUAAAUUUGUGUGGUGCUGUACUGUGAAAUGCGAGUUAUGUACUGUCAAAUAUUCGCUUACAACUUGUUCAAAAUAGAUUAACACCAUGCGGAAAGACGUUCUAGAUGUAACAAUUAUAAAUUAAGUUUUUAUCUUAAAAUAAGGUUAUGGAAAGAAACAUUAGGUAGUUUUUGUAAGUUCUUGUCAUGACGUGUUAGGAAUCGUGAGCAUUUUAUGCGAAAGGGGAUUCAUUGUAUUUUACCUUCUUAGAGUAAGAAGUUCUAGAUGUAUUAAUUGUAAAUUAAGUUUUCAAUCCUGUAACAGGGUUCGGGAAAGAAACAUUUCGCAGUUUUUCUAAGUUGCUUUUUUUUGGUACGAUAAGUUCGGAAAUUGAUUAAUGAUGUGCAUCUUAUAAGAAACAGAUUCAUUCUAAUUUCACUUUCUUAAAGCAAGCGCCAUAAGCUAGUGUUUAGCGGUUUCAAAACGUUGUAUUUUACUAUCUGUAGUUUCUUGACUUCCUAGUCUUUUCAUAUUAUAUAAUGAGGGAUCUACACGCUUGAAUAUUGUGUAAUAAAUUCUGUUGUUAUGUAUGUCACGCUUCGUGUUUCAUUUGGGUUUGGGAAUAGAUUUAAAAGGAGCACUGGAAACACACGGCCCUGAUUGCUAUUACACAUUUUAUUCACUGGAAACGUACACAUGGUAACAGGACAGAUUUGAAAAUAAAAAAGAGUAAGAAGUAUAUUACAAAGAUAACAUCCCGCUUGAACCUCGGAUAAAUACCCAAGUUACAACGUUUGUAUUCUUAUUAACAUUCGGUGUAACAUGGGCGCACAAACGACUCUGAACUGUCUUCAACUUCUGCCCAGUUUGGGAGCAAAUUUUAUUGCUACAUUCUGCCCUUACAUCCUCUCCUUUUGUUUUUAACUUUUUGAUUUUACGACCGGUUUGCUGGGGAUCUCGGUGGGGUAAACUGUUGGGUGUAAAAACCGUUUUUCUACCGCUAUUCUUUACAGCAAGGAGCCCAAAAGUGUGAUCUCCUUUAAUUAACUCAAAUUCUUUCAUGCAGAUAUUAACCAAUCAGAAGUCGAGGACAGUUUCCAGCAAAUAUUGAAAUAAAAAUUGAGUCCAAGUUUACUUAUACACAUCACUGUUACAAUUUUCACGGCCAAAGGACAAGAAAACUGCUUAUGCAAACUUAUUUUCAAAUGGAAUCAUUAGGAUGACUGGCACAACGACAUCUUCUAGAAAAACAUCGUUUAACAAAUUUUCACUUGUCGCGUUUUUAGCACAAAUGUGAACUUAUCUUUAUUUAAGUAUCAGAACAAUAAGUAAUAUUUACAAUUUCAAACUAUAUCGUAUUGUUUACAAAGUAAAAGCCAAAUAUAUGUCCACCAUAGAAAACCAUUUACAAUUAUGAAUAAUUUAAGAAUGAGAAAAGGAAAAUCAAGCAUUACUAAGAAAAAAACUAUUAAAAAUCUAGGCCUAAAAUUAUGAGUGCAGAUGUAGACCAGUUACAGCGAAAGUGAAGUCUUCUGAGACCUCACGUGAUUUGAAUGGAUAUCUAGAACCUCUGACGCAUCUGUGUACAGUUCGUAAUAUAGCAAAUGAGAGCUGUAUUCGAAGCCAGGAAACUUAUUAAUCUUAGUAUUUCACACUUUCUGCGAGAAGGCCACGCACGCCGAUCAUAGAGAAGUUCUUUACUAAUGAUUUUUCGCAUCUUCACAUUACGUGGGGUAUUUUUCUUCCAGUACGACGCAAGCUAUGGGCACUUAAUGACUGACAAUAUUUCCUAAAUUUUUCAUUAAGAGAAAAACAAUAGUAUCUGUGAAAACUUAAGUCUUUUCUCUGGCAAAGAAUUGAUAAUAAUUAAAUGGCUUCGCCCACAAGCUAUUGUUAGUAAAAAGUCUCACCUCUCUUUCAGAUCCUCUAAAAUGCCGAAAUCUCGCACCCCGCCUCGCGCGCAAUAAAUAAUCUCGCAUCCUUGCCAAAGAAUGUAUUGUUUCGGGAAUGUUUUGAUGGAAUUGGCUGUUUCAUGGAGCGAUAUAUUAAAAUCAUGCCUCAAAGGGACUUCAAUAGCUUAAAUUUUAAGCACGCAGUUUCUAGAGUUUAAACAGAAUUGAACAAGCAUAAAGCCCAACCGCGGAAAAAAUGCGAGAACCAAAAAGGAAAAAAAAAAUCUUUGGGAAGCUGUUACGUUAGUAACUUUAAAAAAUCUUCGAGUGACUCUCGCGUCUAGUUUUCGGCUGAUUUAGCAACAGAACGGAAAGUCAUUUGACGACGGGAAAGCGCGCGGAAAGGACGAAACUCGACUUCCAAUGCCCAAUUUGCUGCUCUGCUAUUGGUCAAGCCAGUUGUUUGAUUUGCGCGCGCUGUCGUCAACUGACGUUCUCGUUCUGUUGCUUAAUAAGCCUAUUGUCACAACUGUCAUGAAAAAACGAUAGCACUUGCUUGGAUAAAAGAGUGGACUCAAACAAACCCUCAAGCGUGUCUUAAACUAUUAAACUUAAACAAUUUAACUUAAGUGGUCUGACACACGCGCUAUGAUUUUACUAAAAUCAAACUACUUGUCAUACAAUACGAGCUCGAUCGAGAAAUACCUACUUUUCCUGGGUAAGAAUUUUAACGCGUGCUCGCGAAUUUCGACCACUUUCUUGUAGACUACGAGGAGUCUCUCUUUUUUCUUCGUCCGUUGAGCUCAACGCACGAGAGACGAAACUGACUAUGCGAAAAUGACCACGCUUUACCGUUCGCGCGCGCUUGCUCUUCCCUCACAAAAUCUGAAGUAAAAGAGAGACGGCUCACAGUCUAACUUGUCAGAGGACAAUGAAGGAACGUAUUAGGUCUGCAUUCGUCGGUGUUUCCAUUUGUUUUCAUUGUGGACAAAAAUAAUGCUUUUCUUCUUCAGCAAGUUCCACCGCAAGGUCUUUAUUUGCCAGCAUUAAAAAUGAUCUACUGGAGAGUACGCUAUGAAUGGAAGGCUUUGUGGUGAAAAAAUUGCAAGGUUAAUCGUAAUCAGGGAGUGACAUUGCUUGUUAUACUACCAAUCGCAAAUUUCCCUUUUCAAGCAAGUUGUUUUUGGAAUAAAAAGACAAAUUUUCGAGCUCAUCCGAGGGGUUUAAGUUAAUCAAUCCUCUCGAAAAUUUUUUCAUAUAAAAACUUGCUCUCAAAAAAAGUUAUGCGUCUAACACAAAAAAGAACAUUUAAGUAAAUUGCCCAUCAUAAAUCAAAUCAGUAAGCAAUAAAAGAUUGGGAAAAAAUUUUUCUAAAAAACAUUUUAAGAAAUUUUAAAAACGUUAAAAAAUAUGCAACAACGUUUCGACGUGCUCGGACGUCAUUAUCAAGUCAAGAAAAUUAAGGCGUUUAAAUAAAAUAAAAGAUUAAACUGAAACUUUUCGCUCAAGGAAAAGCCUCGCCGACGAGGUUGUCUUAACAUCGUGGACAAUUGAUUUUACCGACUCAGUUGAUAAAACUAUCUGCGCAAAUAGACGCCGAAAUAUUUCAAUAUUUUUCAACUAUCGCGCGCGUGUGGUGCAUUUCGAUGGAAAAACAGAAUGAAUUGUAAACAGACUUGUAAGACUUCAUUACGGCAUAGAAGAUAUUCGAACAGCUAGUGCAUGCUUCGGAACAGCUGAUGAAACGAACAUUCUCAUUUAUGUCAGCAUUUUGCUACUUUUGGAUGUAGGAUAGAGAAGAACUUCGGUCUAACACAUCCGGUUUUACACCAAGUUGAAUAAUACAAGAACUGUUUCUUUGGACUCAUGUAGAACUAAAAGUCGAACCAUUUCAAAAUUACUUGCGAAAAAAAUGGAAAACUAGGUCAAAAACUGUGUUUUCAAUGUGAUUGUUUUCAAAAAGUCUCACCUCUGUCAUUACGUCAAUAAACAUCUCACCUCUCUAAUUUAUGCUAGUAACUCGCACCUCGUUUCGCGCGAGUUGCUUUUCUUUUGUUCGCGUGCUCAAUUAAUCAACCUUUUGUGAUUGAUUUUAUCAAACAACAAGUUCGUCGGGUAUAUAAAGACAGAUCUUACAAACUUGUAAACAGUUGAUUUCAUCUCUCAAACAAAGAAGAUCAAACGUUCAGUAUGAAGCUUACUAUGUUGUUCUCUGUGGUUCUUUUCGUUUUGCUUCUCACACAGCAAGGACUCUGUAAAAGCAAGUAAGUUAAACUUCUUUUAUUAACCUUAUGUUAGAAGCAAGUUACAAAAAAGGAUGCGCGUGGAAGGCGACAGCCUUGAUUUCCGCGCUACAAUCUGAGGCAAGCAAAUAAAUUCCAAGCGUACUGGACUAAGUUGCAGACGACAGGAAAGUAAAAGUUUUAGGCAGAAAGACACAAAAGCAACACUUUGUAAGCUAGGCGAUGAUACGUAAUAAGUCAAUUUCGAGUUAUUAACUUUACGUUAAAAGCAAGUGAGACAAUUUACGUGCGUGGUAGCGGAGAGCCUCGCUUCCCGCCCUAAAUCUUACCCGAAGACACGGGCAAACUACAGUUAUAAUUUCAUAAAAUUUCCAAACGUAACUAAGCUCCGAGGAACGACAGAGCAAAAGUUGGAACAUAAAGUUUUCACAGAAAUAUUACCACGCUAGUUGAAAGUUAGAUCUAAUACUUGUUUGAUGAAAGAAUGUGAUGACUUUGAAAUACGGUAUUUGACAGUAUUCCCAAGCGUAACUAAACUGCGAAGUGCGGGAAAGUUAAAGUUGAAACAUAAAGAUGAAGAAAAAUAACGUUGUCGAGGAGUAUUUUAGGCUCAGAGGAAACUAGUUUUCUCGGAAAUAUUACAACUAUAGUUAAUAGUCAGAUCCAACAUUCGACCAGUGAAAGAGUAGAGUAUUUGCCCGGAUUCUACGACAACUAAAAUUUUAUUUUGUGUUAUUGUUUCAGAUCCGGCGACUCUUCAAGCAACACCCCUCAAAACAAGGUAUGUUUCAAUACAAAGUCGAUUAGCGAUGCAAGUCGAAAUGAACUGAAAUAACAUACAGCACCUCCUUAUUAACCUUUGUAAUUUGGUUUUUCGAUUAGAUUUUAAAAAAUUAUCAUGGGUCACAAGGAUUCGCUCUCUUCGCCCAUUCUCUCUUGUGGCAUCAUAGUAUAUCAUUCGAGCGUCUGGCCUGUAACUUACAAAAGCUUUUCUAAUAGUUUUAUUCCUUUGCGAAACAACUGUUAAUUGCUCCACGAAUUUCCUUAUCCUGUUUACACAUAGUUUAAAAAGUUCAGAUAAUUUCGUGUCGAUAUUUUUCUAAUUCUUCAACUCUUCUUUUUAUUGCUAGAAUUAUCCUUUGUUACUGCGCAUUGUCAAAGAGGGAGGCCAUCGUGGAUUACAGGAAUGUCAGAGACAGUUUAAGAAAGAGAUAUGGAACUGUUCCCUGGUCAACAAGAAUGUGUUUCAGCAGUUGCCCAUCUUUGUUAAAACCACUUUGCCACAGGGUGAGUAUCGGACAUUUUGUUGUUUAAGAUAAGGCCAACAGCCAGUGAAUAUGGAUCGAAAACUGAAAACUUUUAGUAACAACUAAACAAAAAACUAAGGGACUGACUUAGGAAUAUCAAGAUACCAGAGAUAUUUAUAAUGUAACAACCUUCAAAAUCAACCAGAGCCCAAACGGGCUCCUGAGACUUUCUGCUCAAUGUUUUUAAGUACUAUCUGCAGAAACUGUAAACUCACGUGCGACGUUAAAUAUUGGAAAUUUUUGUUAAUUUUUUUUUCUCUCGAGGAAGUUUGCAUGGCAACUUUAAUAAGACAAAAACUUAGACUGACUAAACAUUUUUACACAGAGCAGUUCUUCCAAAAAAGGCGAAGCUAAGUCUUAGCUGGUGUCAAGAAUACGACAGAGCCGUGCAUAACUGAUCAUCAUCAAGGACUGCCCGUUGCCAUAAAGAGACUGUCGGUGAACCUCUGAUAACAAUUGAUCUAUGUUGCUAAUAUACCUAGGCCAACAUUAACACUUACUUCUCAAUUAAGGCAAAAUGCUGGUUUAGGGGAGGGGUAGGUGGGCAUUUUCCCAAAAACAUAUAAUGAUCCAAUGUAAUCUUUAAAUCUUUACAGCCACUCGGGAAACCGCUUUUCUUCACGCCAUCAGCAGCGCCGCCAUUACACACGAGAUCACUCUUCAAUGCGCACGCAAUAGAAUCCCCGGAUGUAGAUGCAGUAAAACGAGAAAACAGCUGCAAGGAGACCGUGAGUGGGAAUGGGGCGGAUGCAGCGAUAACACCAAAUAUGGAGAAAAGGAGACGAGACGCUUCAUCGACAGACUAGAGAAAGGAAACGACGCUCGCACAGCAUUCAACCUGCAUAAUAAUCAAGUGGGAAGAAAGGUAAACUGACUCGACAUUAUUUAUCGUUCGCAUAAAAUCGGCAAAUGUGUGUCGUGACCAAUCAUAAGAGGUAGAGGAUUUAAAAAGUUACAGAGGUUAUGUUACGAAUUAUGCCAAAAUUCUAAGAGUAGGAACUGCCUACAAAAGUGGGGCCCGGAUGGAGAAAGGUUUGAAGUUGUGGGUUUUUGAAAACUUGUUAGCCUAAGUUCAUUUUCGUUGUUUAUAUCGUUUGGUAUAAUGCUCGGGAUUUUGUGGCCGAGAGUUUGCCGUACAUGGGGAAUUUCUUCGUCAUCGUUUUAAAAAGAAUCCGUCAAAUCUCGUGUGGGACAUACCACAGUUUCUUAGACUUCCUUUGUACAACCGCAAAUUGCGCUACUUUUCAAUUUCCAAGUCCUGUAAUUAAACAUGCACGAUGACCUACAUUGAUUGACUCAAGCUCAAACUUUACCCAGCAGUUCUUUUGUCUUGCCAGUUUUAACUACAAUGGUCUGACAGAAUGAUUGUUAUUUGUUUAAAACAGGUUGUUCGAGGAAGCCUCAAAAAAGAAUGCAAGUGUCAUGGCGUCACUGGCAGUUGUACCUUGAAAACCUGCUGGAAGCAGCUGGCUCCUUUUGCCGUCGUUGGAUCAGCGCUCAAGCAGAAGUACCUCACAGCUGUUCCAGUGUCAUUCAAAAACAACAAACUUCACGAGAAAGAAGGCCGGGACAGACCGCUAUCAAGGAAAUCCAAGAAGCUUGUUUACUUAGACUCGUCCCCAGACUACUGCGUACGAAAUACUACAGCUGGCUCUCUUGGAAUGCUGGGAAGAACCUGUACAAGUGACGCUGGACACACCAAGCAAUGCAGAUCUCUUUGUCAAUCUUGUAACUUGCGGGCUCAAACCAAAGAACAUUUCAAACAGGUCAAGUGCAGAUGUAAAUUUGUGUGGUGCUGUACUGUGAAAUGCGAGUUAUGUACUGUCAAAUAUUCGCUUACAACUUGUUCAAAAUAG